GGCAGAUGUUAACGCAACUUCAACUAAAUAUUAUUGUACCGCUCUAGAAAUGGCAAUAACCCAAAACGAAACUGAAAUUGUCACGCGGCUCCUUGAAGCCGGGGCAGAUGCCAACACUUUUAUGGAAGAAUCAUCAACUACCGCUCUCGGCGAAGCAGCAAGCUGGGGAUUUGUCGAAAUCAUGAUCAAGCUCCUCGAAGCUGAAGCGGACGUCAACGCUCAUUGCGAUUGCUAUUACGGACAGACGGCACUCCAAGCCGCAGCAUUUGGAGGAUCUCCCGAAGCCGUCAUUAAGCUCCUUGACGCCGGGGCAAAUGUCAACGCACCACCAGCAGAAAAGUGUGGUGUCACCGCUCUCCAAGCAGCAGCGCGUAAUGGGUAUCUCACAAUCGCCAUCAAGCUCCUCGAAACCGACGCAGACGUCAAUGCUCCUGGCGCAGAAGAGGAGGGAAGGACGGCGCUCGAAGGUGCUGCGGAACAUGGAAGAAUCGACAUGGUACAGCUCCUUCUCAAUGCUGGUGCGGAGGUGAAGGGGACCGAAUUCGGCGAAAGGCAGUACGAAAAUGCGGUAGGGCUGGCAAAGAAAGAGGGCCACAACGCCUUAUCAAGGCUUAUUCAACGACACCGCAAGAGCUUGGACUGAUCACAUUCUUGCUCCUGGAUAGGCCACUGGACCAUGCGGAACCGGUUGGCUUCUACCCCACAACACACGGUUUUCAUCGAUCACUCCUUUUGUACAGACGAUAAAAAAGAAAAUCUCCAGGACAACAAGGGGGUAAUCCAGCAACCUACGAAAAGGCACACUUCUGCCAAUAUCCCUCGCACAGCGCAGACAAAUGCCCGGACAUACAAGAAUCUACUCACUAUUGCCAUGGUCACGGCUGACUCAUGAAGAGGAUUCGAUUAAUCCAUUAGAGUGGAACGGUAUAAAAGUGCUUUUUUUUAAGAAACGAAAACUGAAAGCUCUUAUGACGGUUCUCCUUGUUUUCAAAUUUUAGCCAGACGUUUAAUGGUCAGGAGUUAGGAGUUGGGUUGGCGUUGACUGGUUUGAGUUGCUUUGAAGCGAUGAC